UACAAUUUGGCAAAAUGCGUUAUGCAGAACGAAGAUCAGGAGCUAAAAAUGAUCAAGAGACUGUCAAGGGGAAUCUACAGCGUAAAUUUGUGCUACUUAUAUGGAAGGUAUUGAAUAUGCAUUUUUCCGACAAAUGUUACUACUUCAAGAUGAUUGCCCUCGCCCUAAUGGGCUUGCCAAUAUUGAUGAUUAUGCGUGUCUUUGCCACACCUGAAGUUCAGAAGAAAAUCGUUUACGAAGCUAUUGAAAUCGAUAGUUUGGACAAAAUGCAUGAAGAACUGGCCAGGGUGCAAAAUUAUACGAACAUUAUGGUUGUGGAGAAAGUUCUCUUCACACCAAAUCAAGUGGCCUUCGAAAAGAUUAUAGCUCUGACAGCGAAAAAACUUCAUCUUAAGGAUGGGUAUCAGGCAUGCGAAUCGGAAGAUGAGAUUGAACGAUUAAUAAAGUAUGAUGGGAUAUUCGCUGGUGUGGUUUUCCGUAGCGAUGGGAAGCCAAUUCCAACGAUUACAGAUCUACCCAAUAUCUUGGACUAUGUAUUGAGAUUUUCACCAUUUCUGAUGACAAGCGAGAACGAGUGUAACAAGGAUAUAUGGGCCACAAAUGAUCUGUAUCCGCCAAUUGAGGAAUUACUGAGUGGUGGUCCCCGUCCAAGUGAACGCAAUACGGAUUAUGAUGGGAAACCUCCAGGAUAUGUACAAGAAGGUUUCCUACCGCUGCAACAUGCUAUUGCAAUGUCCUAUCUGGAGUUGAAGAAUGCCCAGGAACCCGAUAUCUUUCCACACAUUAAUAUGAUGAAAUUCCCGUAUCGUCAAUAUAUUGAGGAUAAAGUGUUCGUGGCCAUUAAAUUAUGGUUGCCCAUAGUUUUCCUGUUAGCCUAUGUGGUGCCUAGCUAUUUCAUGGUCCGCACUAUGUGCGAUGAGCUUGAUCGUAGCUUCAUGAAGACCCUCAAGAUCAACCACCUAAACUGGUGGGCCUGGGCAGCGGUUUUGAUGGGCAUCCAAGGAUUCAUUACCUUCUUGAUAUUGAUCAUACUAAAUGCCGAAUGGUAUGGUGGAGCCAUCAUUCAUUGUAGUCAAUGGACGGCUGUGAUAUUUUUUCUAUGCUGUUACAUUUUGGCCAAUUGCGCCUUUGUCCUGAUGUUGUCCGUGGUGGUUAUACGUAAACGAAGUAAUGUUAAAUUCGGCAUACUAUUGCAUUUACUUACCUAUCUGCCAUUUCCAUUGAUAUUUAUAUUCUACUUUGAUAUACCUCUCGGCUAUAAGAUGAUCUGCUCUCUAUUUCUCAACACUGGCCUGGCCAUGGGCAUUAAUAUCAUCAAUGAUCUGGAGCACACCAAUGAAGGCCUCAAGUGGAAUAACUACAAUAGGCCACUUUUUGCUUCAGAUGGCCUUAGUAUGUUGCAUGUGAAUGAGAUGUUGCUACUAUCUUCAUUGCUCUAUAUUGGCAUUACCCUUUAUGUGGAUAAUCUGUAUUCCCCGGAUGUAUCUGCAGUGAAUUUGGAUAAGGAGUCCAUGUCGAAAAAGUUCUAUUAUCCUUUAACAAAUUUUAUAGAUUUCAUAAGACGUCUAUGGAGAAAGCGUCGAAAGCACUCCUCGGUUGUAAAAAUGGUGGGAAACUCUCUGCUUCGGGCCUUGACCACUCACGAGGAUGACUUAUAUGAGGAUCAACCACGGCAGCAAGGCAUAUUGCCAUCAGCGACCAUCAGGAACACAGCAAAUCGCCACAUUUCAAACGAUCCCGACGUAAAUGUCUAUCAACAAAAGUCUGCUCUUCCAUUGCAAUCUCCUGGACCGAUUCCUCCUAAACGUCGUUUUCAAAACCAUGUGCUAACUUCUCGAGAAGUGGCAAGUUCCAGCAGUUCUAUUGGCGAAUAUACACAGAGACCGCCUCGAUCGAAGGUGCCAAAAAUAACAGUUGUUCCUACAGACGGUGCAAAAGCUUCAAUAACUUCUGUGCAACUAUCCUUCGAAAACGUUCAUCUGCCUUCCCAAGCCACAUUCAAUGAAUCUCUUGAGGACUUAGAGAAUGGCAUUGAGGUCAUAGAUGUUAGCAAAGUCGUUGGAAAUACAUCCUAUUUAAAAAAUAUCAAUAUGAUCAUACACCCAAAGGAGAUAACUGUGUUCCUGAUCCGAGACAAAAGUGCUGGACGACUUUUACUUAGCAAGAUUAUCGCUGGAAUCAUUAAACCCACCUCGGGUAAAGUCAUCGUAAAUGGCAUUGAUAUGCAACAGUCCAAGCAUAUGGAUACAAGUCGAUUGAUUACUAUGGUGCCGUCCCAAAGCAUAGUUAUCAACGAGUUGACAGUUUGCGAGAAUUUCUACUUCUAUUUGAAUCUUCGGGGUGUACGAACUUCAGGGCAAAUUGAUCGGGAGAUUAGUAAAUAUGUCAAUCUGAUGCAUGCCGAAAUCACUACGCUUAAUGAAUUCGCCGAAUUCCUUAGUGAAAAUAUGGCAAGACGUUUGAACCUCUGCUGUGCCCUCUGCGGAGGUAAACAUGGCAUCAUCGUGGAUGAGCCCACUAUGGGUUUGGAUCAAAACAAUCGACAUUAUAUGUGGGAUUUGCUGAAAUUGGAGGCUCGCUCACGUACCAUAAUAGUGAAUACAGCUUACUCCGAUGAGGCUGAGUUACUCGGCGAUCGCAUUGGCUUGAUCAAUUGCGGACAAUUGAUGUGCUACGGUCCCACCAAAGAGUUGAUGAAUAAAUUUUGCAGUGAUUAUGUCCUCAUUUGCGAGAAGAGCACCACCACUAAACUCAAUUGGAGUGGUCUGAAGAAACUAAUCUACCACCAUAUCCCCGAAGGUGCUAAAAUUCUUCCGAAUACGGGUAAUAAUAUUAAAAUAAGCAUUCCAGGCGAUCAUGGAUCUCAAUUGGCUGGAAUUUUGAACGAUCUCGAACGUAAUGGUAGUGAGAAUGGCAUUCAGAAAUUUUGGGUCAAGUUGAGAAGCUUACGUCAAGUAUUCCACUGCAGUCAAACAGAACGCAAGGAGUACGUGGAGAACCUCCGCCGUGUCACUUUGCAGUCUGAAGCGACAUUUGAUGAGUCCACCAUCGAAACGAAUAGUGACGAUCGCACUCGGGUAACUUUUAACGCCCUGGUAGUAAAAAGAUUUAUUUAUAUGCAGCAUUACUUUUGGGUGCCACUCUUGGUGAUGAUUAUAAUGGUAAUAUGCUUGUGCCUGGAAAAUCCUAGCACUCACUUGCAACAUCUGCCCAGUAUGAAUAUUAGCAUUCACAGCUAUCCGAAUUCCGUAGCACUGUUGAAGCUUGGCACCGAUAUAAUACCCUACUCGCCAUCUUUCGAGAUUGCUCAGGGUUAUGCGGACUAUCAAGAGGUUCUAGUUAAAGCGAGAAAUACAGAGGAUCACACAUUUAAAUACAUCAACGGCAGACGUGAGAUGAUCCAAUACCUUCUCUUCCAGCAGUUGGUGUCAGAGAUGAGUGUGAAAACGUUUUUUGUGGCUGGCGCGGGAAUUCGUGAGAAUUUAAUAACUUGCUUGUGGAAUAACAAGCUUCUGCAUUCCGCACCCAUAUCCCUUAAUUUGAUUCACAAUGCGAUCGCACAACAAUUUGUUGGACCAGAUGCGGAAAUUCGUGUUGAGAAUCAUCCGGUACCCUUUACAAAUCGUGAUAUGCUUGACUUGAUAAACACGCGUCAUCGCAUGAAUAUGGGCCUGGGGAGUAUUAUGAUUUUUAUAAUAUGUCUGGCCUUGACAAUAAUGAUAGUGCCAGUGAUCUCUGAUCAUAAUCUGGGCACAGGACAUCUGAUGUAUAUGGGAGCGGCCAGUCCCAAUCUUUAUUGGGCCACUCAGUUCAUCUGCGACAUGGGCUGCUAUAUGGCGGGAAUCAUUUACUUGAUGGCUCUGCUCUUACUCUACGAUAAAUUUGGGAAACUCGAAAAUACGGAAUACGAUGACGCUGUCCUGAUAAUUCUUAUGAUUGCAGUCUUUAUACUGUUUGGUCUGUCGGUGAUACCUUUUAUUUACAUACUUACUGUGUUCUUUGGGCAAUUUAUAUUUGAUUGGUCGGGCACUCUGCUGAUAUUAUUGGGUUCCACCGUUUUGCUGUUAUUGGUAAUACCCUGUAUGAUAAUGGAAAUCGAGCAUGUGGUAGAUCUUUAUUACUUAUUUUGUUGGUCACCAUCAAUUAAUCUAAAUCGAGCAAUGAAGUAUUUGCACAUUCAGCGCGCCCUGAUGCGAGCCUGUGAUAUUAUUGGCGGUUGUGCCGCAUAUCCAGAUUGUUGUGAUAUGCCAGGAUAUCUAGGCUAUGAUUAUCCUGGCAUACUAGUUCCAAUUUCCAUCCUAAUCGCACUGGGCUUUGUCUACGGUUUCAUAUUCAUUCUGCUUCUUCAGGUGGACUUGGAGUGGAAGAGAUGGAGAAGCGUAACGCGUGAGCGUUCGGAAAAUAAAAGACUUAAAAAGAAAAAUCGACACAAUAUCAAACAUAAUCCCUUAGCCGAAGAUGUACUACAGGAAAAGGAACGUGUUAAUUCCUUUUCGCCAGAGGAGGUGAAACAAAAGCCCUUGAUUUUGACUGGUGUUAGCAAACGCAUCAAAAACCGCAAUUAUCUGACGGAUGUCACCUUUGCCGUAGAACCGCAUGAUGUCUUUGGUUUGGUGGGCAUUUUUGGAUCAGGCAAAUCAAAGAUCAUUGAAUUGGCCGCAGGUAUUUCUAGCAUUGAUAGAGGUGAUAUGCAUAUUAAUGGAACCAGUGUGAGACACAAACAAAGCAUCAGCAGAAAAAUGAUUUCCUACUGUCCGAGAAGUAAUGCCUUGAUUGAGAGUAUGACUGUUUCGGAGAAUUUGCAUUUCUAUUGUGCCAUACAUGGACGUAAGAGCAAGUUUGUUGCCGACAUCAUACGCGAAGUGACUACUAAUCUAGGACUUGAACCGGAACUCGAGAAAUUGGUCAAGGAUCUGAGUUAUGCCACACGUCGAAAGAUCAUGUUGGCCAUAACUGUCACUUCAAAUGCCAAGAUUGUUUUGAUGGACGAACCGACACGUGGCCUGGAUGGUGAUAGUCGUUUACAAAUGUGGCGUAUAAUUAAUUUACUCAGAGAUAAAGGACGUACGAUAAUUUUAACCACCGAUAGCAUGGACGAGUGCAUUGCCCUUUGCAAUCGAAUUGGCAUUAUGGUCAAUGGCUCGCUAAUCAGCAUUGGGUCGGUCAAUCAUCUAACGAGUAAGUUCUCAAAUGGUAGCAUUCUGCAAAUACGCCUACCGGGCACUACAUCUUUCAAAAGCCAAAUUACCAUAGAAGAAAGCUCCAGUUUGUCGCAUGCUUCACAUUUGGGAUACAGCAGUGCCUCCAGUCGUACGAGUGUGCAGGAAAUCUUUCAGAGACAAACAUGGAAACUCCAGGAUUCGACCAGUUCUGGGCAAGCUCUUUGGUUUGAGCGAUGUCAUCGCUAUCGUGAUAUUCAACGUUUCAUUGAGGCCGAGUUACCUCAAGCCAAACUCGAAGAGGAAUAUCGUAAUGUACUCACUUAUUACAUAUCCUUCAAAUCGAUGCCAUUAUCAAGGGUUUUCAUGGCCAUGGAAGCGGCCAAGGAUGUGUUUAAUCUCGAUAGCUAUAGAGUCACAAGAACCUCUUUGGUUGAUAUCUUUGAUAGUUUUGUCAAAGCGCAUGUACACUUUUGGAUCAAAAAGGAUACUGAGAAACAAAAUCCAGCUAGCAGGACAUCCGUAUAUUUAAGAAGGUCGGAAUCAAUAUUAAGGGACUAGAAUAUAACAAAUUUUGUUUUUUUUUACCUUUCCAAAA